GCGGCCCUGAGCGAGAAUGGCGAGGCUGGUGUUCAGGAGGUCCUUCUGUCAUCUGUCUACCUACAGACUGAUUUGGUUCUUGGCAGCAAUGAUGCUAUGCAGGGCACAAGUCGUGACCCAAGAUGAAAGAGAGCUGCUGAACACACCUGCUUCCUUAAGAUGCUCCCUGCAAACUUCCCAGGAAGUCUUGAUUGUGACAUGGCAGAAAAUCAAGGCUGUGAGUCCAGAAAACAUGGUCACCUUCAGCAAGAACCAUGGGGUUGUGGUCCAGCCUGCCUAUAAGGACAAGAUAAACAUCACUCAGCUAGGACUCCAGAACUCAACCAUUACCUUCUGGAAUACCACCCUGGAGGAUGAGGGGUGUUACAAUUGCCUCUUUAAUACCUUUGGUUCCGGGAAGAUCUCAGGAGUAGCCUGCCUCACCCUCUCUGUACAGCCCACAGUAUUCCUUCACUAUAAAUUCUUUGAAGACCACCUAAAUAUCACUUGCUCUGCCAAUGCCCGCCCAGCCCCUGAGAUCUUCUGGAAGAUCUCUGGGUCAGAGAUCGAGAACAGUACUGAGAUUCUCUCACACCCCAAUGGGACCACGUCUGUCACCAGCGUCCUCCAGGUCAAAGACCCCAAGAGUCAGGUGGGGAAGGAGGUGAUCUGCCAUGUGCGGCACCUGGGAAAUGUGACCAGCUUCAGGCAAACUGUGAACAAAGGUUUUUGGUUUUCCGUUCCACUAUUGUUAAGUAUCAUUUCCUUGGUAAUUCUACUGGUUUUAAUCUCAAUUUUAUUAUACUGGAAACGUCAUCGGAACCAAGACCGAGAGGCCUAGAGGAGUCACAUAGAACCCUGAAACUUAUUUCCUGAUCUACUUGAAUCUGAGGAGGAGGAAAGCAGUAGAAAAAGGGUCAUUCUCCAAGGGGCCAAAAAGAGCAAAAGAGGUGGGAGUAAAAAGCCCUAAGAAUUUCAAGACUUUCUACUGUUAUGUAAGCUACCCAGUGCUUGUGUGAAUUCCAGGAAGAAAUCAUUUUACCUCUCAAGUCUGUUGUAGGACUUGGUUUUGUGAAGCAAUGCAGUGUUGUGCUGUGGAAAGAAUACUGGACGUAGACUCGGGAGCCACAGCUCAGAGGCUGACUUUGGCUCUGAAUGGUGGCAACCCUAUGUUAAUUAUUUUAUCUCAAUGAACUUCCAUGUCUGCAUCCUGAAAAUUAAGGAGUUGGACCAAAUAAUUUGCCAUUCUGCUCUAAAAACUGAUGUAAUUCCAGGGAAAAAAAAGAAUAAACAAGGGAAAAGAAGUGAAAAAGAGAGAGAAGAAAGAAUACGGAAAGGUUAAGGACCAAAGAACAGUUCUGAGACAACCUGUCACCUUUUUGUUGCUGUUCAUCUCUUCUUCCUUUGUUGUUCUAGCCCCUUGAGUCUGUUUUCUCAUCAUUUGGUAUCUGGUCCACGACCUGCUCCCUGCUUUGCUAAUAGUUGGUCUUUCUAGAAUCCUGGUUUCACUGCUAUUCUUCAUGUUACUUCUGUGACAUUUACCACAAUGAAAAGGGGACUGAAUUUAUUGUGAAAUAACA